CGUGGAUAUUUUGAGAAGCAGCAAAAAUAUCUACACCGUACAAAUAAAAAUCCGCCGCGCAGCAAAAUAUCUAAAGUCAAACAUGAACGUCGGACUGACAUGGCGCCAUGCCAUGUGGAAAAGCUAUGACAUCUGGCACUUCUAUUCAUUGCGCUCGCCGAAUCAUUUAACAAAACUCUUUGGCUCAUCCUCAAAAUCCACAACCACCGCCGUUUCUUCUUCUUUUUCUUCUCUGUUUGGUAUGGAGUAUACGCUUCCGCCGCCGGUGACGGAGGCGCCACCAUGUUCGGUGGCGUCGCAGAUGAUGGGGGUCGAAGCGGGGUUGAGUAAUUUUGUCGAGCAGGAGGAGAGUUCAAUGAUGGAAUCCCCGAAAAUAUCAGAAUGGACUGAUGAGAAGCAUAAUUUGUACCUAAAUUCCAUGGAAGCUUCUUUUGUUUACCAGUUAUAUAAUUCAUUGGACACACGAUGUGGGAAAACCCAAAACGAGUGCUUUGUAGAUACAAAGUCAUCUAGGAAAGUUCAUUCUGGAGCCCAUUAUCCUUCUGGCGAGUUUAAGGUUCUACAACAUGGCUCUUGGUCAAGGAUUGAUUUCAGGAGAGAAAAUUCGGUUGUUAAUGUAGCUGAUAGACCCCAUGUGACUUCAAGUAAUCCAUGGAUUCAGCAUUUUAGGAAAGCUAAGGAAUCCAUUUCACCCCAGGAAAACGGGACAUUAAGUACAAUAACUCAGCACACAAGUUAUGGUAACACAGAGGUGAUAGAUCAAAACUUUGUUGAAGAUUCUGCUAUAGAGAUAGUGACCACACCCUACAACAAAAAGAGGAAGAAUACUUCUGCAGUUUCCAAAUUAGGCAAUGGUCAGGCUGCAUCCUUUUGGCACUUGUCCUGUAAUGGAAAUGGCCGAUAACCAUGUUUCUGAGGCCUUGCGAGUUGUGAAGUUUUGUGGUGAUUUCCAGCAAGAGAAAACGGAUGGCUUGUUUGGAUCUUAAUAUAACAUGAGAUUAUUAUCCAACAAUGGUAUUAUUUAGGACUUGUUAGCCAACAUGAUGUUGCAGUAGAAAUCUUAGAAAGAGUGGCAUUACAAUCAUACUAGAAGAUGGUGUCACACGACUUAAGAAGGUACAAGUAUGUGAUGAUGAUCCAGACAAGCGUUGUAUACAUGACAUCGUCAACUUGGCAUACUUAUUUCAACUUGAAAUCCUUUGCAUA